AUGCUCGUAGGAACAACAAACCUCAUGUCGUCAACAAGCCAUGCAUUCCCCCAAGCCACUGGCGGCACAUACCUCGGGGACGCCGGCAGCGGCAUCGCGCCCGGCCCGGUGUCAGGUGUAGAGGCUGGAGCUGCUGGAAACAGCUCGGGUGCCAUGUCUCUUUCGACUGGUGGACUGAUCGCCAUCGUCGUCGUCGUCGUCGUCGUCAGCAUCAUCGGAGUGACGACGGCCGUGCUCUUUUUCAUCGCCAAGAAGCGUGAGUGGACGGUCAGGGAGACGAUCCGAAGAUCGACGCGAAAGAUUGCCGCGGCCUUCACGCCGAGACGAGGCGAGUUUCCAGACGCGGUCAAGCGGCCGACGAGUCCCGGUCUGUCGCGCUGGCGCCCUGCAAAACUUGCUCAUCAUGCGCCGCCGACACCGCACCGGCGGCCUAGCGACAUCGAGAAGGGAUUGGUUCCGGCGGAAGGCCAUAAAGGCGUCCAGUAG